GGCAGUCAACUUUAGGCAGCUGGAUGCGACGCUCAUUUCAGCACUAAGUUUGUCGGACAGCGCCUCUCUCCCACGCGGGGAAACUUUGAAGACCCUUUUCGUCAACUUCUUUCAUUUUAAACCACUAAACCGAAUUAUGGAUAACACUUUGAAGAACAUCUCUUUCUCUGAGAAUAGCUCAAUCUAUGAAAACUCCACAGACGUUAGAACGUCAGAUGAAGGGGAAACGGUACAUUUCAUCAUCCGAUGCGUUAUACCGUCGGUGUACAUACUUAUAAUAACGAUUGGUUUGUUGGGCAACAUCACACUUGUGAAAAUAUUCAUCACCACCAGCGCGAUGCGAAGCGUCCCCAACAUAUUCAUUUCUAGCUUGGCCGUUGGAGAUAUUUUGCUUUUGGUCACUUGCGUGCCGGUGGACGCGUUCCGGUAUUUUUACGAGGAGUGGAUCUUCGGGACCGUGGCUUGUAAGAUGAUUCCGGUGAUUCAGGACACCUCGGUCGGAGUCUCUGUCUUUACUCUCACGGCACUGAGCGCAGACAGACACAAAGCUAUUGUGAACCCUAUGGACAUCCAGAGCUCCGGUGCAGUAUUCUGGACCUGUCUGAAGGCCAUCGCUAUAUGGAUCGUCUCAGUGCUGCUGGCUGUACCCGAGGCUGUCUUCUCGCAAGUGGUUCACAUGCAAUACAAGAACACGACGUUCACCGCCUGUAUGCCGUAUCCACUUUCCAAUGAGAUGCACCCCAAGAUUCACGCAAUUAUGAUUUUCCUGGUCUACUUUCUCAUUCCUCUGAGCAUUAUCUCUGUCUACUACUAUCACAUCGCAAAGACACUUAUCAAGAGUGCUCAUGAUAUGCCUGGCGAGAUUAGCGAGCACUCCAAAAGACAGACGGAAACCAGAAAGCGUCUAGCCAAGAUUGUCCUGGUGUUUGUGGGCCUCUUCGCGUUGUGCUGGUUCCCUAACCACGUUCUCUACAUGUACCGCUCCUUCAACUAUCUGCAAAUCGACUCAUCGCUGUCACACCUCAUCCUCACGCUGGUGGCGCGCGUGUUGAGUUUCUCCAGCUCCUGCGUGAACCCUUUCGCCCUGUACCUGCUGAGCGAGAGCUUCCGCAGGCACUUCAACAACCAGCUGAUGUGCAGACGUCGCAAAUUACAAGAGCGCAACAGCAGUUACCUCCAGAGCACCACUGCCAUUCGCAUGACAUCCAUCAAAAAGAGCACGGCAGCUGUGACCAACGGACAUGGACAAAAGACUGGAGUCUGCAUUUAACAUCUGACCUCAAACCGCUCACUUUUGGUUUACUAAGACCUGGUAUGAGGGUUAUUGACUUGCAUUGAAGUUUUCGGUGACCCAGCUGCGUGCCGGUUAUUGGUGCAGGAAAGACAGAAGGAUUGCUAUUGUAAAUAUUGCAUGCAACUGUUAAAACUUUGCUUGAGCCCGAGAAUGAAAUUGUUUGCGAAUUAUUCUUAUUGCACCCUGAAAUGAAUGGAUACGUUACUGAUAACAAGACUAAUUCGGUUUCAUGUGAAACAAAAUACAUUUUAGAAAGUAUGAGAUCUGUACAGAUCAAACCAAGGUCUCCAUUAUUGCGUUAUGGCUUCACAUUUGCUAUUCAGAACAACCGUGUUUCCGUUUUCAUGCAAGGGAUGUAGUGGAAAGAUGAAAUGUUAGUUAACUUGUAUAGAUCGAAAGUGCACUUAAUACGGUAAUUGAAUGUUAAGUAAAUAAAACGAGCGGUUUUGAUUUCACCAAUGAAAUUAAACAAAGCCUUUAUACAGGAUUAUUACACAUGUACACCAAAAAUCAUUUUUUUUGCCUAUGGCCGCAUCCUAUUUCACAGACAAAUGCAAUAUAUUCAAUUUAGAAGCAACAGGAGCUAUAGACACAGCCAUUUCCAAUGAAUGUUAAUGCAGACUAAGAUAUAUCAGACAGGUCAUACACUCAAGGGUAAACCGUGGUGAUUGGAUUAAUAUAUGCAUAAACAGAUUACGAUUCAAAAUGAAUAUCAAUUUCGCAACAUGUUUUCCUGUACCUUCCAAAAUAUGAGGCAUAAGGAUAAUAAGAUCAUUGUGGCAGACAUCAAUAUAGCAUCUGCGUAUCAUCUCAUAUUCACCACCAAAUAUUAUCAUCUUAAUUAUUGCAUUAGUUGUGUCUAUUCUGAAAUAUUUUCCUUUGUUAGGAAAUGUACGGUAUCAUGUCUGUAUCUACCAGCACAAAAUAAUCAUUCAACUGUGACUUUAAACCAUUAUUUCUGUAACAAAAUGAAUAGGCGGCCAACACAUAAGCCACAUUAUCAUCUCUCCCAAAACAUCUAUCUCUAACAUGGAAAAAAUUGGCUUUUGUGAUUUCAGUGUUUCUACAGUAUAAUCAAAUGUACCUUUUCAUGUAAACACUACCACUGCAUUUUAACAUUACCCAAUGCUUAAUUUUUAGUUUUACAUGUUUUAUGUUUUGUGUGUUCAUGCAAAGAAGUGAAAAAAAGUUACAGUAUAUGUACAUUUUCCUCCAGCAUUGAUUUUUACUGUCCCACAGAAGCAGGAUCUAAAUAUAAUUUGGUAAGAUUGAUUAAACCGACUCUCUACCCACUUCCCCUGUACUUUAUUGGUUUUUGACUGUGAGAGUAAAUUCAAUGUAUAGGUUAACUUAAACAGUCCUCUUAUACUGGAUCAAACAGAGUUCAAUCAAGUGAUCAAUAAUCUCUAAAAAAAGCAUAAAAUCAAAAAAGUGUUGGUAAAUGCAUGAGUGUAAUCCUUAAAUACUUAAAGAUACAGUAGACACUUUCAGUUAGAUUUUUACUGAAAUAAUGGGUUUUACAUUACACAU